AUGUCUUCAUCAGACUCGAUCAAUUCGCAGAGCAGCUACGAGGAUUCUGACCGGGAAACUCCCCGCCAUCAUCAUGCUCGGCAUGACUCUCACCCUCCCAGACGCUCUGAGAUAACCACAGACACAACUCAACGGCCACUGCCCGACCUGCCAGCCUCGCGGCCCUCGGCAUCUCGCUCUGGCUCAGGACAUGGCCACAAUGGUCUUCUGCUGGCUGCUGUUCUGCGAGACCGUCUUCUGCCCCUGCCCCUCCCCUCCGCCGAACAGACUCCCGAAGAACGUAGGCGAAGCAUUAUCGCCCUUGACCGCAAGAGGAGGCUUACCAACCCAACAAUGUAUGAGGAAAGCAGGAGGAGGACAAACAGUAGUACUUUUCACGACUGGAGAUUGAACUACGAUGCUUCCCGCGGGGAUGGGCCUUCCUCUCCUCCCACACCUCGGCGGCACGCCGCAUCCGAUACCAACAUCAGCCGUCCCUUUCCUGAGGUUGUAGAUUUGACAGGUUCAUCUCCUCCUACCUCCCCUCCUCCACCGCCGGUGCCAGCGCCGUUGCCGCCACUGCCACAAACACCUCGAGACAAUAGACUGAGCAGGUCCUCGUCAGACAGUUCACGACGAUAUAUGGUGCCGAGGUGGCAGCCUGAUUCAGAGGUCAACGAGUGUCCUAUUUGCAAACGGCCUUUUACAUGGAUGUUCAGGCGUCACCAUUGCCGAAAGUGCGGCAGGGUCGUCUGUAAUGAUUGCUCACCACAUCGAAUAACAAUUCCCCGGCAGUUUAUCGUCCACCCACCGGGCCCUGACGUGGCCACUUCGCCUGUGAAUUCUGCCUCCCGCCGCUCGGAAUCACUGGAUUCCAAUGCAGAUGACAUCGACGGCAACGGAUCCCGGAGCGCUUUAAGCCCCUUUGCCUAUAAUGCUCAUCCUCAAAUGGAGGGUGGAGAGAAAGUGCGAUUAUGCAAUCCUUGUGUGCCCGAUCCUCAACCAGAUCCCCUACCAAACUACCCUGUUGUCCCCGAUUUGACCUCUCGUGAUGUUCCCUGGAGUGCAGGAGGGCGACAAACAGCAACAUUGAGCCAUGCAGUGAAUUCUGUUACCAGGCCGAGAGGUUACUCUUCGGGAAUAGGAGAUUAUUCCAGGAAUCCCGUGGCGGUGCACGAUCCGCAUCUCCUGCACCGCCAUCGUGCCAUCGAAGCAGGUUACGGCAAUCCAGAAACCAGAACCGAUGCUGUAGGAUGGCUUGAUCCGUAUCGAGGGCAGCCAUCACCUACGAGAUAUCGGUUUCGAGCAUCGCCAAUUUCAAGUUCUACAGGCACGAAUCAGUUUCCGGGAACUUCUUCUGGGGUAUGUAUUCUACUGCCUGACAUUAUGCAAGUAUUCUAA